AUGGAAGUAUUAAAAAGGAUCAAGGAGUGUCACCGUCAUCACACUUUUCUAUUGACGCAAUAUAAAAGAUUUAAUACCCUGAUAUCUCCUGUCAUGUUUAUUUAUGUACUCGUGUGCUCUAUCGGAAUUUGUUGCACAGUUAUACAGCUGAGUCUGGAUAAUGUGUCAACCACUCAGAAACUUUGGGUUCUGGAAUACGCAUCCACUCUGGCUAUACAACUUUUUUUAUACUGCUGGCACAGCAAUGAAAUUGCUGUAGAGAGUGAUCGGGCAGAUCGAGGUGUGUUCGAGAGCAAUUGGUGGAAGGCAGAUUUGUUUCUGCGGAAACAGCUACUUUUACUCUCGGGGAAAUUGGCCCGACCGCUCAUAAUGAACGCGGGGCCGUUCACAGCUCUAUCGAUCCCGACGUUUGUAGAUGUACGUAUUACUAUGCGAAUA